AUGGAGAUGAAUAUUGGCGAACUCUUGAUAGAUCUUCAAAAAAUAGAAGUGCCUUCUCACGACCUUGUUGCACAGAUUUCUGAAACAAAUGUCUGUGAGCCUUUCGUAGAGUCUAAUACAGUCACACCUUACGAUAAAACAUCUCCUCCAAAUGACCCUUCUACUAGUAAUCAUUUAUCAAGUUCGAAUGACAAGGUUAAUGACACUGAGGUCAGUUGUAAAUCUGGGUAUCAUGUUGCUGUUGAGGAAACUACAGUGGUACCUUCACAGGUAUCCGGUGUUACUAUCCUAAACGAAUCCAAAUAUUCGUUUAAUUAUGAAAGAGAAAGAAGUCUUUAUCCUGCAAUUUCUGAGAACGAAUGGACACGAUCUUUUGCAACAUUUCAACAACCUAAGGUGGCGAGUGCACCUGAAAUCUCGAAUGACAAAGCCGUUUCUAGCUCUAUUGCUUAUGAGCUUCCGGAAUUGUUUAAAGGCGUUCAUCUGAAGAACAUAUAUCUUAAUAAAACUCUGGAUGAAGUGGAUGAAAUAGAAUCUUCAUUUUUAAGGAAUUGCCUGGAGGAUUUGAGUGAUCCUGGAAUCUUAACGCCCAUUUGUUCAUUGGAAUCAACCGAUGUCGAGGCUUCUAGAAACGAUUCAUAUGAAUGCUCUGUUGUGCUUCAAUCAUCUUCCUCCACACCUCCAAUUUCUCAGCAUCCACUUUAUGCUUUAAUUUUUGAUUAUGCCUUGCUCCGAAGUAAGUGGUAUAAGACUGUGGUUCGAUUCUUACACGUCACCGAGGAACUUGCGAAGCUCGAGCAAUCAGUCUGGUUACUAAAGAAUGCCUACGGGAAGACGGAGGUACUGUUAUCCUAA